AUGGCCUUCGCCACCUCGGGGCUCUCCGCCGCUGCGGACCCGCCGCCCUGUGCGGCCAAGGAGGCCCUGGGGGCCCCCAACAGCCCCGGGGGGACCGGGAGGCCCUCCCCCGAAGCCACCGAGCAGCACCAGCAGCACCAGCAGCACCAGCAGCAGCAGCAGCAGCAGCAGCAGCAGCAGCAGCAGCAGCAGCUGGAGCCGCAGCAGCAGGAGCUCGCGCUCGACCGGGCGCGGCGCGGCAGCCACGAGGCCGCCGCAGACCAUGCACAGAAGCAGCCAACUGCACACUGUCCCCAGGCCCGGCGCGAGCCCUCCUCCGCUGCUGACGAACAGCAGCAGCAGCAGCAGCAGCAGCAGCAGCAGCAGCAGCAGGCGCCGGCGCAGGCGUGCCGGCCUGGCGCCUGCUCCCGCGUGCGCGCGGCCCCGAAGAGUACCCCGCGUGCAGCCGGAGGAGCCGCCGCCUUCGCAGCGGAGGGUCGCCCAGCAGCAGCAGCAGCAGCAGCAGCAGCAGCAGCAGCAGCAGCAGCAGGGGAGGGUCCCCCUUCUGGCGGGGGUCCCGCGAAGCGGGAGCGCUCUCCGGAGAGCGGGGGGGGCCCCCCGCGGUCCGCAUGCACCCCGUUCGAGGAGGGGGGCCCCCCCCGGGCCCCCCGGGGGCCCCCCGAAGGCCAAGAGGCCGCGGGAGCGGCCGUGGACGUGGCCGCGCUGUUCCUCUCGCCCGCUGAAGACUUGGACUCGUGGGAAGCGGACGGCCAGGAGCUGCUGCUGCCAGCAGCCUCGUUUGUCAGUGCGGAGGCCAUCAGCCAACACAGGGGCCCCAUGAGUUUGGCUCGAGCUGCGCUGUUUCUCUUUAGUUUGUUUCAAGGAGAUGUGCGCAUGGGGGUGCUUUCUGCGCAGGGGCGUUUGUGUGCGUGGCGCUGUUUGCUGUUUCUGGCGGAGCUGCACGACCGGCAGGCCGCGGGGCUGCUGCAGCAGACCCCGCCUUGCGCCGCAGGCGCUUCCAGCGGGAAAGCGUCGCCACUUCCAAGGGCCGCCGCUCCGUCCGCCACGCCUUCCUCCUCGACCGCAGCGGCGCCGCCCGCGGCGCUCCUGCUGCUGCUGCUGCUGCUGCUGCUCCCGCUGCUGCUGCUGCUGCUGCUGCUGCUGCCGGCAGCGCCGCCGGCAGCAGCUUCAGCCCCGGGGCCGCGGACGAGUGGGCCGAGGCCGAGGAGGACCCCGGCGGAGGCCCCUGCGCUGCUGCUGCUGCCAGGGAGGAGCCGCUGGGAGAAGUGGCUGCAGAGCCCACGCGGCAGCUGCCCGCGCUCAGCGGCGCGCUCGCGCUGCAGCGGCAGCUGCAGCAGCUGCAGCAGCUGCAGCAGGGGCAGCCCGCCACGCUCGGGUUCGAACCCCACUUCACGCGCUUCGUCGGAGGCUCCAUUGACAGGCGGUGGGCGCUGCAGCAGCGCCACCUCAGGGUCCCCGCAGACGCAGCAGCAGCGCCUGCUGCAGCGCCUGCUGCAGCGCCUGCUGCCAAAGACGCCAAAGACGAACCACUGGACCUCCUCUUGGAGGAAUUCGGAGCUGCAACAGCCCCCAAGAUGUGGCCCAGGGCCGACGCGCUCCCUGAAAGGGUUUUUGUCGGUAAGCUCCCCAGCAGCACCAGCAGCAGCAGCAGCAGCAGCAGCAGCAGCAGCAGCAGCAGCAGCAGCACGCGCUUUGCGUGUUGCUUGCUGCCUCGUCUCCAGGAGUUGCCCGUGCGCCUCUGCUGGCUGCCGCUGCAGGUCUUCCCAUUCAGGUGGCCACGUGGGUGGGAUGGGGCCGCUCAGAGGCGGGGGACUCGGGCCGAAUGCUGUGGAGAGACUGCGAGGUGGUGCAGCUGCUGCACGGCGGCGACUUCAGGGCCAGGUGCUUCACUCCGGGAGAGCCCAAGGACUUCGUGUGUCACGUGCGCGACUUCGUGCCUUCCCGCAUGCCGUGCCCAUGCCCUCGCGAGCGGGCGUGGCGCUUGCUGCCGCCCGAGGUGGACCCUUAUCGGGACAUAUACCCAGGCGCGUGCUUGUCAGUGGGUUUGACGGUGUCGAACCCGUCGCAGCAGGAGCCGCUUCCUGCAGACUCCGUAGUUCGGGCGUACUUCGUAGACGUGGUGGUGCAGGAUGUGUACUUCUCUUUAGACCAGGCGUCUCGGGCCAAAAACGUCAUGGCGGAGGCGCGGGAAAGAGAAGAGGGCGGGGCGGGCCGAACGGUCUUAAUUGGCCGCUCGCGGGGUCUGCAGAGGCCGCAGGCCCUGUUGAAGGGCUGCGGCCAAACUGCUUAGUGCGGGCCAUGCGGGUGAUGGUGCUGCGCACGGGCGGCGCGUCGAAUGAAUUCGCCCUUGUGGCGGGCCGCAUUAUUUACAAGCUUCCGUACGACUUGUUCAACAACGGGAUCUUCAAGGAGCCCGGCCAGAGGCCACGGCUGAUGGGAGGCAGUUCGUUCGUGUGGGCGAUUCCCAGGGCGUUGACCCCUGCGGCUCCAGACCAGAUGAGACGCAGCGGCUGCGCAGGGACUUCGGGCAGUGGGGGGGACACAGCGGAAGCGAACGCCAAGCGGUGGCAGUACAAGACACAAGAGGAUAGCCGGGAGUGGACGUUCUUCCCUCCCUUCAUUGUGAUUUACAUGCCCUAUGACGGCUCUGCGCGCCACAGCAUCACCCACCCCCUUUUGCUGCGCUACCUGCAGCCGGAGCUCGACUUCUCCGCGCUGCUGCAGGGCACCUGGCGCCUCUGCCUCCCCCAAUACGAGCACUCCAAUGUUCCCCCCGUGCUGCUGCCGCACCCCAGCGAUGCGCAGCAGCCGGAGCGGUCGCAGGCAGCCACGAGGGACCCCGGGGAGGGCUCAGCCGAAGGCGUCGUGGUGCUCGACAAUCCUUACCACACUGUCCGCUCCACCGCGGCGCCCGUGGCUGAGAGCCGGUCUGCUGCCAGCAGCGAAGACAUGGCGGACCCCAUGUAUGCUGCUGCGCAUGCAGCAGAGCCGCCGCAGCCCGUAGUCAGUGGCCAGGGGGCUCCGGAGUCCGCAGCCCGCGCGAGUGUGCUGGGCAUCAACCACCUCGCGAGUCUGCUGUGCAGCGGCGGGGACUCAGCGCCUCCCCGGGAGCUGCUGGCCAAGGCGCUGCCCUUCUUCCGAGGCCUUCUGCCUCACUUGGCGGCUGCCAACGUGCCGGCCGUAGACUGGCAGCUCGACGUCGCCAGAGCCGCAGUGAGGGCAGCUGAUCAAGCCAAGGAACUCUACGUAGAAGAACAGGAAACUGAGGCUGAGAGACUCAGGAAACAAGGCAUUUCCUUCGCUGGAACGACCAUCCACAACAGCAACAACACUGAGGGUGGCCGGAGUCAGCGGGGCCUGGACGCUCCGGGAGCUGCCUUGGAACCUGAGGGCAGCGAGUCGUGGGAGUGGGUAGGCAACACUGGCAGCCGCUACCCGACCAGCAGUGACAUAUCUCGUUUUCUGCUGCGCACUUCGGGCCACAGUAUGGGCAGCAAUUCUGCAGUCAGGGGGCGCAGUGUGGAGGCGGGUGGAGCCCAAGUCGAUGGCGGGGGCAUCUCAGGGGCUGCUGGAGGCUCUUCUGUUGCAUCGCGGCGACGCCCGCACGAUCCUGUAGCUGGUUUUCUUUCGGGGAACUCACGCAGGGGUUCGGGCUCGGAGUUGGGGGCUGGCGGGGAGGGUCGUGGCCGCGGCGAGGAGGGCGCGUACAUCACCAGAGGGAGCUCUGUGGCCGAGUGUGACUUCCACGGCCCCCGCAGGACAGCGGGACCAGCAGCAGCUGUGAGGGUCUGCGCCCCGGAGGAUGCUGCGGGGCUGCAGCGAGCCCGGGGCCUUGUUAGCCCGGCGACGGCUGCGGCUGCAGCUCUGAGGCCCCCUGGAGGUGUGGUGGGGGCGUCGCCGGGGGCAUCUUGCCGUCGGGCUGUGACGCAGCGGGAGGAAGAAGAAGAGUUUCAGCCAUCCUUGCGGGGAGCUGGAGCAGCAGCCGCGGCAACGGCAGCAGCAGCAGCGAGACAGAGCAGCGGGAGUGGAAGAGCGGGUACAGUUAGGAGAGCCACGCGGAAUGUGAGCUAUGCAGCGCUGGCUGGAGUGGAGGCGGGGCCAGAUGAUCCCGCGUAUUACAGACCGCUGAAGAGGAUGGCCAGAGGAGAGCCCCCCACCGCCUUAGACCCGACAGCUGCGGAGGCAUGGGACCCUUGCCAUUCGAGGGAAGCAGCACUGACAGCAGGCACGGUCUGCAGUGACAGCCACCACAACGCCCGCGCGAGUCUGCAGCAGUGGGCCGCGCUGCAGCGGCAGGCAGCCGUGGCGGAGGAGAGGCUGCGGCAGCACAGCCAGAGCAGCCACCUCCCGGACAGAGCAGCAGAUGCCACUAUCAGCACUGACCAACUCCACGAGGCUCUCAAGGGUUUUGUCCAGUCAUUUAAAGCUGGGGCCUCCCCAGCAGUGGUUAGCGUGCCGCCGAUGGCCAGGGACAGAAGUUUUGCAGCAUCGCACUAG